GGAUCGAACGCGCAACCUCAUGGUUCCUAGUCGGAUUCGUUAACCACUGCUCCACGACGGGAACUCCUGAUUUAAGACAUUUUUGAAUGAUAGUCAUCUAACAAAUAUUCCUUUGAUCCCUGAAGACUCUUGUUUGCCUCCACCUUUAUUUAACCUGGUUGUCAAUUACUAUAAAAUAAGGAAGAUGGCGUGGAUUCUAUAAAAUAAAGGAUAGACCAGCCAGCUUCAUGCCCAGAGCUAUCAAACCAGGUUUUUAGAAUCCACUUUCUCAAGUCUGGCUCUUUGUUUAGAGAAAGAAAAAAAGUCAGUAGGGUGGCUAGAAGGAAAGUCACUUCCCCAUCCUCUCUGAGGGCUAAUGAGCUGACAGUCUAUUACUUAGGAUCCUGUUGAGAAAUUUGUGAACAAUUGGAAAAGUUUACCUGAUGAUUGACCCGUUGUGAAAUUUAGCACUGAGUAUUUGAUUCUUAAAGUGAGGGGAUUACUGGGGACCUGUGAGUUUCCCUGUGUAAAAAAGAACAAUAUGUUGCCUUAACUGUUACCAUGCGAAACUCCCCAACCCCAACCACAUCUAAGUAAACAGGGAAAGUCCUCUGCUCACAAAAUUCACAUCCUUCUUACAACUUUUAUAUACUUCUUUAGCUGCUCAUGUGUGUGUGCGUGCAUGUGAUGUGCCCAAUGGCCUGACUUUUGGUGAAGUAUAUGCGUUAAUUUUUUACCUGAUAUACUUCUCUCUUAAAAACACUAUUCUAUCCCAGCACAAAGCAGAUGCGCCGCAAACGUUAGCUGACUCUCUCUCUUCGAAUACCAGUGAUGAGAAAUCCCAGCAAAGAAUGUGUUGUUUUCACUAAUACUGCUCUUUAAAUCUCAGACGAUCAAGUGUCAGUUAAUUACCCCCUGGGUUCCCAGGCUUUCACUGGGGCCUUCUAAAAUACACAAAACCCAAAUGAAGGCAGGACACCAUUAGCACUACAUAAUUCAAGCAAACAAUAAAUGUGUUUACUCUGCUGGCUACUGACCACCUGCCUUCCCGUCCCACAAGGCAGGUAUCUAUAUAUAGCAUUUCCCUGUUCACAGUCCUGCAGAGAGUGCACCUCUCUUUGGGCCUCACCAUCUGUGAAUCUGAAAGAAGCUUGGGCGCCCCCCACCCCAACAACAUGCAUCUCCUCUUCCUUCAGCUCCUGCUGCUCCUGCCUCUAGGGAAGGCCUCCCGGCACCGGGAUGGCCACCAAAGUCUGAGUCCUUUUUCUCUUGUGCUCCUAGAAAGGCAGCGCAGAGAGCUCACUGUAGGCAACCACGAGGAAACUGAGGAGAGGCCAGAUCUGUUUGUGGCAGUGCCACACCUGAUAGGUGCCAGCACUGCAGAGGAAGUCCAGAGGCAGCGAGAAAAGAUGCUGUCCAGGUUUGGCAGAUUCUGGAAGAAGCCUGAGAGAGAGCUGAACCCACCCCAGGGCUCAGUCAGGGAGCAAGUCCUACCCAAGACCCAGGGCCUCACUCGGCUGAAGGAUGGGAUGCCGGGGGAGAAAUCUCCUCUUCGGGAAGAAGCCAAGAAAUUCUGGCACCACUUCAUGUUCAGAAUGAGCCCAGCCUCUCAGGGGAUCAUCCUGCCCAUCAAAAGCCAUGAAGUACAUCGGGAGACCUGUAGAACAGUGCCCUUCAGCCAGACAAUUACCCACGAAGAUUGCGAGAAAGCAGUUAUACAGAACAAUCUUUGCUUCGGAAAAUGUGGGUCUGUUCAUUUUCCUGGAACUCCGCAGCACCCCCACACCUUCUGCUCCCACUGCUUGCCUGCCAAGUUCACCACUAUGCACUUGCAGCUGAAUUGCACUGGACUGUCCCCCGUGGUCAAGGUGGUGAUGCUGGUGGAGGAGUGUCAGUGCCAGGUGAAGACAGAGCACCAGCAUGGACACCCCCAACAGAGUGGCUUCCCAGCAGAAUUUCAUGUCCAGGAUCCCUUCAUCCCAGGACUUUCAACUUAAAAAAGCUAUCCCAUUAUCAUCAGCAACGUUGCUAAUCAUUCAGCCUGAAAUGUUAAGUGGGUACAGAAUAUAUUAAGGGAAAGGUGGUUUGCAAAGUAAGAACGAUUUAGAAGUUAUGGUAUUCAUCUUGUUAUUGGUACACAUUUGGGAUCUAGUCUUGGCUCUGCCGCAAACUGGCUGAAGGAUAUUAAUAAGUUGUGGAAGCUUUCUCCACCUUAAGUUUUUCAUCUGCGAGUGACGGAUUUGAACUAGAUGAUUGCUAAGGUCCUUUCCAUUACUAAUAUUAUAUGAUCUGUUGUCUGCAAGUUUUAGUAAAAGCCCUCAUCUGAAGGAGUAAAAGAAAUAAACUAGACCAUAAGAAUGGAUUUCAUUAACAGCUUGUCAAAGCAUUAGCAAAAAAAUUUUUAUAUAUAUGCAUACAUAUAUGGUAUUUAUAGAAAGGAUUCCUCAUACUUUUAGCUGCUUUUGCAUCUUAGGCUGUGUUUUAUUUGACUUCUGUCAGAUGAUUAAGUAGUUCCAUAGAUAAGAAACAACUUGUUUGGUUGCCUCCUUAUUUUUGAAACUCCCCAUAUAAAACCCUUAAUGUCAGGUCUCUAGCUUUGAAGAAGGAGUGGUGAUGUUACAUUUAGUGGUUUACAUAUGGAUGAGGAGCAAUCUUCGUUAGCUAAACUAGUACCUAUGUUAUGGGGAAGGAAAAAUAUAUGGCCAGUACCAGGUUUAAAGUUUAACCCAGAGAUGCUAAUGCAAGUGACCAAGGAAUUCUAGUAGAAGUCAAAUUAAAUGAACUGCAACUAAUUAAAAAUGAUUUAAAAAACCAAUUUACAGGUAAAACGCUUUAUCCCCGUGUGUUUGGCAUUAGGUAGUUUGGUAAGGGUUCUUUGUUUGAAUGACUGUGGUUUUGCUAUUGUAUAAAAGCUUCGUAUUACAAAUUUUAUUUUAAAUUGCAAAUUCAGAAAAUAUUCUGAAUAUCAGCAUAUUAAAUUUCAGUGUAUAAAGCA